UUGUUGACUUAAAACAAUCUCAUACAUUGCUGAAAAUUGACUUGUAAAUUAGUUUUGUCUUAUUCAGAGUGUAUCAAGAUACUUCCACUAGCAACUAGACAAAGAAAAAAUACUUAAGGUUUUGUAUUUUUGCAAUGUGUGGUUAUUACCAUCCAGCAAUAACAUUAUUAACUUUAUACACCAACAUUAACAAACCUAUUCAUCCCUCCAAAUCCCUGAAUUCAAGGAUUUUCUAAUCAACUACAUGGCAACAGAUGUGUGAAAUCAAGCACUUGGGCACGGACUUCAACAAAACCUGGAAGGUCUUUUUGUGCCUGGUCGUCUAGAUUCACAGUUACCUCUGCUUCCCCAGCACUAUGUGGAUGGAGCUCUGAGCAACAACAUGCCCCUGUUUGAGCACAGAAACACCAUCACCAUGGCCCCCUUCUCGGGCGAGAGCGACAUCUGCCCCAAGGAAGGGACCUUCAACUUUUUCGAGGCCCACUACGGCAACGUGAGCAUUCAGGUCAACACCGGCAACGUCUACCGUGUGUGUACCUCGUUCCUCCCUCCGACUCUGGAGAAGUUAGCUGAGAUCUGCCACAAUGGCUACAUGGACGCUCUUCGUUUCUUGAAAGAAAGGGAUCUGCUCGGUGCGAAGCACAUCCCUCGGAGUUUAUUGCUUGGGAAAGGCUGGACCACACCUGCUUGCCGUGAGCGUGGAAAAGAGCGGGCUAAUGCAGAAGAGGCCAGGCUGAGGAAGAUGCUGCUGUGCAAAGAAGGAAACCCUCAGGAGGAGGAGCAGACACAGCUCAGCCACAAAGUCACCCACAGCCUCCCGCCCAGCAUCCAGGAAGUGCUGCGUGAGGCCUGCCAGCAUAAUCGCGACCCAAGCAGCUGGUGGUCUCGGUUUACUCACUUCCUCCCAAUAAAACUCAUCAUUUACAUGCUGACCCUGCCCCUCCGGCCUAUCCGGCUCAGCCUCUCGCUUGCCAAAGAACAAGUCCUUUGGCUCGGACCGCGCCGACCGCACAGAGGGAGACACAAAGUCUGAACCCAGACUACUUUUAGUCCAGUUGUUAAUUUGGUCCUUUGUUGGUUUCUUGUAUCAGGACAAGAUUCUCUAGAAAAUAUCAAGAUGACGUUGGACACAGGAAGCAUGUCAAAAUGUAAAAAAAGGGAAAGUGUCCAUUUACAGAAGUAUAUGUAAACUAUUUUAUUUAACUUCAGAAUUUCUAAUUGUCUUUCUUUUAUCAAAUAAAGGUCAUAUUUUCUUGAACCCCAUUUCUUUCUUG